UCCACUGUCGCUUCCUGGUCCGGUGGUCCAGGUCCGAGUUAGCCAGGCAUGAAGAUCACCAGGCAGAAACACGCCAAGAAGCAUAUUGGCUUCUUUCGAAACAAUUUCGGAGUCCGCGAGCCCUACCAGAUCCUGCUGGACGGCACCUUUUGUCAGGCGGCGCUGCGGGGCCGCAUCCAGCUGCGGGAGCAGCUGCCCCGCUACCUCAUGGGGGAGACGCAGCUGUGCACCACCAGAUGUGUGUUAAAGGAAUUAGAGACAUUGGGAAAAGAAUUAUAUGGAGCAAAACUGAUUGCACAGAAAUGCCAGGUUCGAAAUUGUCCCCAUUUCAAGAAUGCAGUGAGUGGAUCAGAAUGUCUGCUUUCCAUGGUUGAAGAGGGAAAUCCCCACCAUUAUUUUGUGGCAACACAGGAUCAAAAUUUAUCUGUGAAAGUAAAGAAAAAGCCUGGGGUUCCUCUCAUGUUUAUUAUCCAGAACACCAUAGUCUUGGACAAACCUUCUCCCAAAACAGUUGCCUUUGUUAAAGCAGUGGAGUCAGGUCAGCUUGUCUCAGUGCUUGAAAAACAAAGUAUCAAGCAGCUCAAAGAGGAACAGGGUUUAGUAAAAAACCCCGAACAGAGAAGAAGAAAAAAGCGCAAGAAAGUAAGUGGCCCUAAUCCUCUUAGCUGUUUGAAGAAAAAGAAAAAAGCACAGGACACAAAAUCACCUGCUUCUGAAAAGAAAAGAAAAAGAAAAAGGAUCCGGAACCGAUCUACCUCAGAAGUAUUUUCCGAGAAGCAGAAUGUGGAAGGAUAAUCAGUGCUUUGGGUACUUUUAAAGACAUUCAGAUGUGAAAAGUGGAUUUACUUUUAGAACUGCAGAGAAGUAUUUACAAUACAAGACUAAACUGAGCUGGGUGCCAGGGGCUCACAUCUAUAAUACUAGCUACUCAAGAUGCAGAGAUCAGGAGGAUCACGGUUC